UUUCCUUGUCUUCUUUCUAUUUCCCCUGUCCGCUGCUCCUCCUCUGCGCGGAGGGCGGAUGGUUCAGCCCGACGGUGACAACAUGGCCGCCACCAUGAAGAAGGCGGCUGCAGAAGAUGUCAAUGUCACCUUUGAAGAUCAACAGAAAAUUAACAAAUUUGCAAGGAAUACCAGCAGGAUCACAGAGCUGAAAGAAGAAAUAGAAGUGAAAAAGAAACAGCUUCAGAAUUUGGAAGAUGCCUGUGAUGACAUCAUGCUGCUGGAUGAUGAUGAUUCCCACCUGAUUCCCUACCAGAUUGGAGAUGUCUUCAUCAGUCAUUCCCUGGAGGAGACGCAGGAGAUGCUGGAGGAGGCAAAGAGGAGUUUACAAGAGGAAAUCGAAGCUUUGGAAUCCCGAGUGGAAUCGAUCCAGAGGGUGUUGUCUGACCUCAAAGUUCAGCUCUAUGCAAAGUUUGGAAAUAACAUAAAUCUGGAGGCUGAGGACAGUUAGAGCUUUUCUAAACACAACACCCAACCUUUCCUUAGGUUAUUAAAUGUUUUGACAACAUUGCUGCAAUUACAUUUGAGAAAAGAAAAUCCAUCCCUUUCUUUUUGUUGGUUUGUGUUUUUUUUUUACUUUCCUGUAAAAUUCUGUAUAUUUAAUAAGAACCUCCUUAUUUUGGUUAUUGCAGUUAUUUAUUUGUUCAGGAAAGCAUUGGCUUCACAUUGUUGGUAAAGCCUCAAGUUCGGAAUACUUGCAUUGUUUGUUAAAGUAAUAAAGUCAGGCAUGAAUUGGA